CCACGCAAAAAUGUCAACAAAGGCAUGCCAAAAACUCGCCGUUCUUGUUCAGACAGGCAAAAAGAGCGACAAACUUGCCAUUAGGAAGAACCAAGGCGUCGGGAAAAGAAAGCGAGCGAGACGAAGAGACAAAAGAAGGUUGAGGAACAGAACAAACCAGCAUCAGCAAGGCAGACGAAAUUUUCCUCCACGAAGAGUUGCAGAUCACCACAAUCGUCUCCCAGCCAUGAAUCAAAAACAGCCUGGCCAUGCCUUCUGGGAAAAUUACAAAAAUGCCAUGGAGUGGCAGAACAAGCAUUUCAUCAAUUAUUGGAAGGCUCGCUGUGCUGCUUUAGAAAUGGAAAACCAGCACCUGUACCGAGCCCUGGAGCAAGUCACAUGCUCCAGUGGUGAAAAUAAUAAUUUUCAGCAGAAUGAGUCAAAUGAAGGCAAUAAGAGUGAUUAUGGACCUGAAGAUCUCAACGACGAGGAAGUGAAUGAGCCUCAGGAGGAAGUGCAAGAACAGAAAGAACAAGUUGAGGAAGAUCUUUACGAAGGCGAGUGUGUCGAGGAAGAGAUAGAGGAAGACUUUACCUUUGAGGUGGAUGGCCAAAUGCUUGAGUUCCUCGAAAUCUCUGCCAAACACAAAAUUGAACUGAAAAAGAAAAGGGAUGCUGAGAGGGAGCUUGAAGAUGCUGAGGGAAACAAAGAGGAAGAAGAAAAGAAGCUGCCAAAGCAAAUCAUGGAGGAGCGUAAAUUGGAGAUGGAGAGGUUGUAUGGUGCAGAAGCAGCACCCAUGAUAUUGGGCAUGGAAACAGCCAUGCAGCUCAGCUUUGACAGGUUCAACGACAAGUACCACCCUAAACACUGGCCCAAUAUUCCACUGAACUUGUGAAUCUAAAGUGACUUUAUUUGUGACUAUUUUCAUUUCCAGUUCGGUGAUAUUAGUUAUUUAAAAUGCAAGAUGAAUUUAAACUUUAACAAGACUCAAGGAAAUUAAAUAUUUAGAAAAAAUAAUAAUUUUUAUUUUCCAGAAACAAUAAAAUGAAGAAAUAUCUUUGGUAAAAUA